AGGGGGUUCUUUUUUGGCAACCUUACAUGCGCAUGCGGCAUGGAAGACUGGAAAUUCCCAUGGCAUUCAUCCCUCGCGACUUCAUCUCCGACCUGCCGAGUCAUAUCGCGUGCAUCUUGAGCUCCAGACUCAGUCAGCAUCGACACGUCACAUUCCCCGGACGUGGAGCCUUCCUGUACGCGCGUGGCUCACAUGACUGGAUAUCUGUCCAGACAUCCGGACAAUAUUCGCGUGUGUUCUACCCUCCGGUGCGUCGUGCCGCAGUGACCCUGUGACCCCGUGAGACGAUGUGCCAGUGAUAUCGAACAGCUUCUCAUCAUCAUCCCCACUCCGUUGUGUGUCAGUGUCUUGUGCCGAAUUUGGGUCACUGGGAAAAUUCAAUAUCGUGGCGACUGCAGCUGUUUCUGCGAUGCAGGGGUAGCUGACAGCCAGCACGAUGGAGUGUGACGCCUUCCGGUCCACGGAGGAGGAAAUGCGAGUCAAUGUCACAGUGUGAUGUACAAGGUGGUGUAGAAAAACUUGUGUGGGUGACAAAGUGUGUGAGGAAUAUGGUUCGAAUGGUUGGCUCCAAGUUGCUGGCGAGACUGCUCCUUCUAAUUUCAUCUGUGACCCUCAUCUCCCUCCUGGCACUCACACGAUGCGGCAUUGGAGGUCUUGUGGCAGACAAUGUGCUCAUUGCGGAUGAAUCUGGUGCAACAAAGGUGGAUGCCCAGCAACAGAUUAGCAGCGACAGUGAACAGCAACGGGGGUACCUGCAGCUACUGCAGCAGCGCGAAGAAGAAAAUCGUCAGGAAGUGGCCAAGCUCACGGCGGAAAUUCGUUUGCUCAAGCUCCAAUUGCUCCAAUUAAGAAACAAUCAAGGUCCAUCGUCGACAGGACAGGAAGUUGGGGCGACAGUCAAUGGGACGACAAACCUCCCACCCGUAUCAGCUCUUCACGACUGCACGGGUUUCGUGAGGAAGCAAGUGGGUGCGGCGGAAAUCCUCCAUGGGCUACCACUCAACAAUGAGUACGAGCUCAUCCCCUUUAAUCACUUCACCUUCAGCCGGGUGUACCCAAUUGAAUUGGGACUGGGGAAGAGGGUGGUGGAGAAGCCGAUUGGGUACAAGAGGAAGGAUCUCCUGGAUGCCCUCAAUCGCGCACUCGAGAGUCUCAAUCGCAACGUAACGCUCAAGUACACCCUCGAUGAUUUCACCGAGGGUAUCUACCGCAACGAACCCACAACAGGGACCCAGUAUGAACUAUACUUCCGCACCAAAGAUACCCCCAAUAGGACCUCAAAUUCCCACCAUGAACACACGAAUCACGGCGUGACUAAGGUCGUGGUAAUGAGGCCCUUUGCUCCCCUUCAAACCAUCCAAAUGGAAGCAUAUCCCAAGGUGCACGAGAAGGAGUUGAUCCACAUAAUUCUACCGUUGUCUGGACGUUCGGCGACUUUUCAGAAUUUCAUGGAUAAAUUCUUCCGCAUUGCACUCACGCACGAUAGACGUGUCCACUUAACGGUGGUGUACUUUGGGCAUGAGGGACUUCAGGAGGCACGGGCCAUCAUGAGUCGCGUGCUUGGUGCCAAAAAUGGUGGCAAUUCAUCCAAUUUGAAACUUUUAGCUUUAAAUGAAACUUUCUCGAGAGCCAAGGGCCUCCGUGUUGGAGCUGAGAAAGUAUGGGACUCGACGGACAAGAGUAAAAACAAAGAUGUCCUUCUAUUUAUGUGUGAUGUAGAUAUCGUGUUCAGUGCUAAAUUCUUAGAUAGAUGCCGAUGGAAUGCCAAACCCGGAAAAAAGGUCUACUACCCUGUCGUGUUUAGCCUGUACAAUCCCCAUGUGGUGUACACGCUGCAGGGUAGGGAGCUACCGCCAGAGACGGAUCAGCUUCUAAUAUCACGCGACACGGGUUUCUGGCGUGACUUUGGGUACGGCAUGACGUGUCAGUAUAGGUCGGAUUUUCUCAAAGUUCGUGGAUUUGAUGAGGAAAUUGUCGGCUGGGGCGGAGAGGAUGUUAUGCUCUACCGAAAGUAUGUUAGAUCCUCCAUCAAGGUGAUCCGUGCCACUGAUCCUGGAAUUUUUCACAUUUGGCAUCCGAAGGUCUGCACUGGAGUUGCAAGUGGGCAAAAAUUAACCGCAGAUCAGUAUCGCGCCUGCAUCCGUUCUCGUGCCCUCAAUGAGGCCUCCCACGCUCAGCUGGGCUUCCUGGCAUUUCGCGAUGACAUAGCUGCUCACUACCAGGACGACACGAAUGCUACAAAGCUCCACCUCGCCGCUCCACAGAAACUACCUACAAAACGCAUCGCGACGCCUGGGACAGCUCGAAAGGCCACCUGAUCCUACGUGGGGCACCAGGAGAGUUUCUGGAAAAUUGAAUUCUGAGUGGCAAAUGGCCCAGCAACAUGUUCAUAAUGUACAUAAAUGGCAGAUGAUUUUCCCUCUCGAUUGUCUCCUCUCGCCGCGAAAGUGCACAAAGUGUGUGUGGGGGGCAUUCGUACGUUGCGGUGUAAAGGUAAAUGGACGCUCAAUGGGAAAUGAGUAAAAGCCCAUCAUAUUUUAACACCACCGGAAAUAAUUUUGGCUUUAAAUGGGCAAUUUUAGUGUGGCAAUAGUUGUGCUCCAGGGGGAGACGGAGAUGAGUUUUUGAGUUUUUUUUGCAUGUCGGUGGAAAAAAAGCUCAGCCGAUAGCUAAAUGGAGCGCGCAAAUUUUCAUGGUGCUACACGAAAGAGAGAGAGAGUUGUGGGAUAAAUAAAAAAAAUUGUGCGGCUGGAUUUAAAAAGCAAA